CAAUCUAUCGGACGACUGGCAACAGCUGUAAACCUCGGCAAUACAAAAUACGCGCAAACAAUUUUAAUUAUUUAUACAAUACAUUUAAAAAACUGAUAAAUUGUGUACAAAUAGACCCAUACAACUUGUUGAUAGCUUUAAAUGCAUACUCUAACAGUAGAAGCAUCGUACAAUGCCAAAUAAUGCAUCAUGUUGGGGCAGCCUGAGGCAUCUGUCGUCAGUAAGUCUCUUGUUUAUAGACAAAAUUUAACAAUAAUUUGCUAAUACGACAUGCAAAAAAUAAAACUAAGGAAACGUCAGAAAGGACAUCAUUCACAUAGGAAGCCACUGCGGGCCAAACCAAGUGAGACUUGGGUCUCAAAUCGCAUCACAUUAUCAAAUAUUUCCUUUCAAAAGGAAGGCAACGUAUAUUUUAAGAGCCAAAGUAUGAGUGGCCGCGGCCGCAAUGCCCGCCGUUCGGCGGAAAAGGCAAAGAAGGAAUUUAUUGGCUUUGAUGAUCCACUCGGCAUUGACAUGAACAUUUCCGUGAAGGAUGAAGUAAUAUGUCCUGAUAUGUUGCCAACGCCAGACGAUGAUAUAUUCGGUAUGGUUGACAGUCAAGAUUUGGUUGAUGAACAGCAAAAAAUGCAGCGUUUGUAUCCGAUGGACAUGGGUCCAAAUGAACAUCACAAUUUCAACGAUCGUUUGAGCAGCCUCGAGCGCAAAGUGGAUUUCCUGCUUAAUAUAAAUACAAAAAUAUUAGCACGAGUUGAUAAAAUAUGUGAAAACAUGAAGUCGGUGACAAAACCAAACGAUUUUCCCGUAAAGCAUAAGGAAGCAUUGGAAGCAAUUGAUCUGAAAAUAGCUAACGAUAUGGAGAAAUAUACAGAGCUAUUUAAAAAUCUGCUAAGUCCAAGUGGAAUCGUUAAAAAUAUUGGUCGCAUCAUUGAUCAGAAGCUGUUGAUGGAGAUGAACUACGGAGGGCACAGUUCGAAAGCUGGUUUAAGCAGUUAUAUUAACCUGAACACAGCGUUAUAUGAGUCUCAGAGAACGGAAGGUUAUACGUUUGAUGAUUAUAGAAAGGAUGCUCGCAUGGCUUUUCAGAAAGCCAAAAAUCGUGUCUAUAAGGCUGUAUCUGAGGCGAGAAAGCUAAAAAGAUUAAAUGGCGAAAUCGCCGAGAGCAAUAAUCAAGAUAAUGACACGAAUGAAUGUAAAGAAAAAAUGGAAUGAGCAACAGGCAUCUGUAUAUUUGUAAUCACAAUACAUAUGUAAGUGUUUAAUUUUAA